GUUGCAGUGCGAAGUAUUUCACAUUUUUGUACAAGUAUAGAGCAGAUGGCGUUCGUUCUCAAGGCAGAAAUUCAAAACCCCUGGAAAACAAUGGCAUGUCUUGAAAUGCAUGAUUUACAGAGGACAGCACAAUACACAACACUCUUCGAAGAUAAGUGAAAACGAAUUAAUUGAAAAAGUAAUUACCAUCCUCGUAUAAUUCAGAAGAUUUUCAUAAUGGGCACUGUAGAAUAUGGUUUUCCAAUGAUUGGAGGUUUAAUGCCACAAAUCCAAGCUCUUAUAGCACCACCUGUAUCAGAAGAUUCUAAAGCAGCAAAAAAUAAAAAGGACAAGGAAGAGAAGAAACAUCCAUAUUUCAAGAGACGAGGACGUGGUCAUAAUCAUGAUAUCUGUGAUGCUUGUAGAGAUGGAGGAGAGCUUAUAUGCUGUGAUAAAUGUCCUGCAUCGUAUCAUUUGCAGUGCCAUUAUCCAGCUGUGGAUCCAGCAGAUAUUCCUAAUGGAGAAUGGUUGUGUUAUGCGUGUCGUUGUGCAUCUAAAAGAAAUCUCUUAGACAACAAAGGAAAUGAAAAGAACAAGAAGAAAUCUGCUUUAGAAGUAUUGGCUUUAGCAGCAUCUUUAGUUAAUCCAAGAGAAUUUGAGCUACCUAAAGAAUUACAAUUACCUAUAAUGUUUCCUGGUAGUAAUAAAGUAGAUUAUGUAUCAGGUAGAAGAGGAAAACAACACAGUGGAACAAAUAAUGUAGGGAAAAGUCAUUGUUUAGAUAACAAUUUAAUGGUGCCUUUGCCGGCACGUUUAUGUUUUGAAUGUGGUCGUAGUUGCAGAAAAGCGCCCUUAAUAGCAUGCGAUUAUUGUCCAUUAUAUUUUCAUCAAGACUGUUUAGACCCUCCACUGACUGCUUUUCCAAUUGGAAGGUGGAUGUGUCCCAAUCAUCCAAACCAUUUCAUAGAUCAAAAUUUAUUGACAUCGUGUCGAGUAACAGAACGUAUCAAACUUUGGGACAAAUAUGCUAAUCAACGUAUAGAUCAGCAUGCAGUGAAACUAGAUUUCUUACGUAAAGCACGCGCGACGAAUCCAUUAUUCCGUACAAAAGUUAAAUUAGAAGGUCGAACAAGAAUAAAGGUUCCGUGUUCUGUAAAAUUUCAUUACGAACAUCCACCAGAAUUAGAUCCUGUAAGAUUUUAUCAUGACGCGGUUAUACGACCGGUAACCAAAAGUACAGAGAAUGGAGAGAAUAAAGAUUCUACGGAAGAAAGUAUAGAAGUAAAACAAACAGAAGAAUUAAUGGAUGUAGAGAAAGAAGUCGAAGAGAGUGGUGAAAUAAAACAGGAAAAUAAUCAAGAAGAAACUAAAAAUGAUAAAAAUGUUGAACAAGAAAAUGUAAAUGAAAAUGAAUGUAAUGAUGAUGAUAAUAGCGUUGAAUAUUAUGCGGAACAUUACGGUUAUAAUGCAAAAGAAGGUAUACAAUUGCUUGAAAGACCAGUAUUAGAAGCAUUAGCGUUACAACGAUUAGAGCAGAUACUAGAUCCAGAUGGAGAAAAUUAUGAUACAAUUAAUUGUCAAACGACGGCUAGAGCCGCAUUGUUCUCUUUAAAUAAGAAACCUAAACCACCAACUUUCAUGAUUCACAAAACGUUAACUAUUGGAAGUGGGCCUAAUUGUGACUUGGUUUUAUCAAAUUAUGGUAACUGCAGUUUUACGUCAUCGAAACAUGCCAUUAUUUUCUUCGACGAGAGUACCAGACGUUAUGAAUUAUUAAAUUAUAGCGAAUAUGGAACGGUGGUUGAUAACGUACUUUAUUCUUGCAAUUACACAAAAGUAGUAGAACAAGUGAAAGAAGAAACUGACGAUAAAAUGCAAUUAUUAAGUAAAGAACAGGAAACAACGGAAGCAGUAAAGGCUAUUAUAAAGGAGAAAGUUUUAUCCGAAGAACAAACAGAGAGGAAAAAAGUAUUAUGUAAAUGUAACUUAACAAAAUAUGAAACAAAUAAUAAAGAUCGGUUAGAAGAGGGUUGGGAAGGAAGUGCUAUUGUUGCUCAUGGAUCAACAUUAGCAUUUGGAUGUUUAAUGUUUGUAUUUAACACUAUAAAUCCACAUUUAGAACGAUAAAAUUUUAUAAUGUAAAUACUCAAUCAUUUUCCUGU